GGAUCUCUUCCAUUUUACGGUUUGCGUGCAAAUUUCUCUCCGUUAAUGUUUGGACUUUUCCUUUACAUCAAAAAUAUAAUUCAGUUUUGAGUGAUACAAUAACAUUUUAAAAUAUGAAAUACUGAAAAUAAGAAUUUCAGAGUUCACAUUGUUUACACAGCAGGUGGCGCGCUGUAGUAACUAGGCCACUGACUGCACGUCCUCCGGGUGCAGAGAAGAAGAGCGUCGUUGUUCAUUUUGCAGUAGCGGCAUCGCCAACGUUUUAUUCAAAGCUACGAAAGCUGCGCUUCUCUGCCUGCUUCUUUGCUGGAGGACACGAUCUGACUAACUGCGUGCACAUUCAUCGCCAUUUUGCACCUUCUCAUUCGGAUAGCAUUCGGCAAGAAUGGCAGAAGCUGACCGUCCCGGCAAAUUAUUUAUUGGUGGGUUGAACACCGAGACCACCGAGGAGGCCCUGGAACAGUACUUCAGCAAGUAUGGAAGGAUUGUCGAAGUUCUUUUGAUGAAAGACCGCGAAACCAACAAAUCACGAGGUUUUGCAUUUGUUACGUUUGAAAGACCAGCUGAUGCAGAGGAUGCUGCCUGUGAAAUGAAUGGGAAGUCCCUUGAUGGAAAGAAUAUUAAAGUAGAACAAGCUACAAAGCCCCAGUUUGAGAGCUCUGGAAGAAGGGGGCCGCCUAUGCACCGCUCUCGUGGUGCACCCAGAGGCGGCCGUGGGUCCAGGGGAGGAAUGAGGGGUCCGCCAUCUAGAGACUAUUAUGAUUCGGGUGACAGUGAGCCCUAUUUCAAAGGGAUGUCUUCUCGCGGCCCUCCAAUGAAGAGAGGACCUCCGGUUCGAAAUGGAGGGCCUCCACCCAAACGAUCUGCCCCCUCUGGUCCAAUUAGCAGACCCCCAAUGUCGAGAGGUAGAGAUUCUUAUGGACCUCCACCUCGUAGAGACUCGAUGAUGUCCCGGAGGGACGAUUACCCUUCUCCACGAGAUGAUCAUUACAGCUCUAAGGACAGCUACUCAAGUAGGGACUACAACUCAAGAGAUUCAAGGGAUUAUGGCCCCCCUCCUAGAGACUACUCUUACCGUGAAUAUUCUAGUUCAAGAGACGAUUAUGGUUCGAUGUCCCGCGGGUACAGUGACCGUGAUGGCUAUGGUGGAGGAAGAGAACCUCGUUACAUGGAACGUAGUGGUGGGUCCUACAGGGAUUCAUACGAUGGUUACGGUAACUCUCGCAGUGCCCCACCCUCAAGGGGCCCCCCACCAUCCUAUGGUGGAAGUGGUGGAAGCAGUCGUUAUGAUGACUAUGGCAGCAGUUCCAGGGACGGAUAUGGGAGCCGUGACAGUUACCCCAGCAGUCGGAAUGACUCGUACGCACCAAGCCGUGAGCGUAUGGGCAGACAGGACAGGGGCCCAGCCCCACCUGUCAACACAGGCUAUCGCAAUUCGUACAGCAGCUCAAGUCGUGGCCGUGGCAACCAAUCUGAUGGAGGAAUGGGCCGCAGCAGAUACUAACAUGGACAAAGCAAAAAAAAAAAAAAAAAAAUGCGAAAAUGUUUCGAAAAAUAUGACAAGGCAACAUAUUGUAGUCGAGUCAGUGGAUUUGAAUCUUAGUUUUGAAAUGUAUCUUGACUUUCCAAGUUUUUUAUGUGUCUUUUAAUUGGUAUUUUUUUCUUGCAAAUGUAAUAGUACCGUCCCCAAGUACAUGUUUUUUGUAAUAUCAGUGCUGUUGAAAUCUGCAGUGCCCUUGACGUCUGGCUUUCCUAUUCUAAUAAAGCUAUUAGUUGUAACAUGACGACUGCAGCUGCUUGUCAAUUUAAAGUCAUAAAAUGGAAAAUUUAUGUAGUAAAGGUUCUUUUUAAUUUUUAACCUUAAUACUGGCCAAGUAUCAAAUGUUCUCCAAGAUAAAGUGUUCAUGUCCAAAUGCUCCUCUGAAUGGACUCAUCAACCUUGUGCCUGAGGGCAAGCAGCGACAAACCCAAAGGCAACAACCAAAUGCAAGCCUUUUCAACUCAACUGAUAAGUCAACAGCUGGUAAGCAAAGCAACCCUUUGUUUCUGAUCAUACAUUUCUCAUUGUCCUGUAUACCAAUGCCUAAUAUUCAAAAGAACAUUUGCCCAUGGACCAAAGGAGUUCCUAUGAAGGUCAGUCUAAAACUAUGAUGCUCUGUUUAAAUGCAACUAAGUGCAACCACUCGUCAACAAUGUUCUUCAAACUGCAAAUUAGAGGGAGAUUCUUUUUGUCUCUUUCAACUUGUAAGCAGUGUUUGUUAUAGUAAGACCCCCUUAAGUGGAACAAUCAACAAACGUGCAAGUUCUAACACUGAAGAUCACUGGAAGAACCUCCAUGCAAAGUGCCAAACUUAAAACUGAAGAUAAAUUGGGUCAAACUCAGGAUUUCAAAAUGUUAGCAUUUUAAAUUGAAUGCAGUUUUGAACAAAUUUUAACAUUUGUUCUCAUUGCAGGAUGAGCGCCUACUAGACAAUGAUGCCUAGUAGUAGAAAUCUGAAGGAAAUAAAACUUCAAAAAUGUUUGAGCAGUAAUGGUGCAUCAACACAGCAGUCUAGAUGUCACCCAGGUGGUUUGACAUGGAGAUGAAGUGUAUUUGUGGUUUCAGUUAUUGUUGUCCAUUGGUGUUUUCAAUAAACAUAAUUAUCAAGUGGA